UUGGAAGUUUAGUUGGUUUUGAACCACGCUACCGUUCACAUCUCUGAGCUCUCUUUGCGCUCUCCACCCCUUAGCGCCAACAGUACACAGUACACCAAUCCAACCCGGAUACACAACUCGGCCAAUAAUCCACCUUUUCUUGCAAGUGAUAAUUCUAUCACUGUCCUGGGAAUAAUUUCCCCAGGAUUUUUUAGAUAAAUUUCCCCCUCCUAGCUGCUUACUGGGGAAUUCGGUCUAGUGUUGAUACUGCUAAUGCGAUAUAGUGAUGGUGUAUAAGUGAUAUCACGGAUAAUAUAAUCAACCAGGACAGUAUCAUGGCGUAUUCAACCCCAUUCUCACAGUCCUCCUUUUCGUCUUCAUCCUUCUCUCCGUCCUCCUUCUCCCCCUCAUCUAUGUCCUCAAUGUCCUCUAUGUACCUAAAGUCUGGUGGAGGUAUGCCUUAUCACAUGGGCCUUGGACCUCUAGGAAUGGGUCUGGAUCCAAUGCACGCAGUACAGUACAGCAAUCAAAUGCAUGGAAAGAAGCAGAGACGGGAAAGAACAACAUUUACAAGACAACAAUUAGAUGUUCUGGAAACACUUUUUCAAAAAACAAGGUACCCAGACAUUUUUAUGAGAGAGGAAGUAGCACUGAAGAUUAACCUACCUGAAUCGCGUGUACAGGUUUGGUUUAAAAACCGUCGUGCUAAGAUCCGCCAGCAAGCUGCCCAAGGAAAACCUAUUGUAACCAAUUCAGAAUCUGACGCGGCAAACUCGACGAAAAGCCCGCCAAAAUUGAAAAAAUCCUCGAGUCCUGUCCCCGCCUCUACCCCGCCUUCAUCCACAUCUUUCAUUAAAACCGAAGCUCGAUCCCCAACCGGUGCCGCCGACAGCAGCUCAGGAUAUAUUUUCUCCGCCAGCGGACGAGAAAAAGUUUCCAUCGGCGAUUAUCCUUCACCCGCUCUCACUCCCGGGUCAGACUACCCAACCCCCACGGCGGUUUCGUCGUUUUGGUCGCCGAUAACUCCGCCUGAAGGCCUGGACGGCCCUGGUAGUGUUUUUGAUUCUCGUCUACAAGAAAUGAAAGAUGGGAAUAGUAGAGCCCCACCUACAUUAGUUCAGAUGCAGGUUAAGACUGGAAACCUUUCUCCUCCCUCUCUGUGCAAUUACAAUGGGUACUCCGGUUACCCUGGGUACAACAAUAUGGAACUGCCAUACUACCAGGGUUACGCUGGAUCUCAUUAUAUGGGGAAUCAUCAAGCUUUCUUCAGACCUGGACUUUCCAGUAAUAUGUCAGAAUACGAGGCAUAUCAGGAUAAAUAUCAGGCUCUGUAAAGAUAUCCAGGAAGGAAAUAGAAAUUUGCGCUGACACCUCACACAAUAGGAAUAAAAGGACAGUCCCACAACAAAAGCAAAUGGCGGCGACCCCCUCACCGGAAGUGUAGGCAGCUACAAACUUUUGUCACGUGGGGGAACCGGAAGUGGUCUGGAACGCCUUGAAAUUAAUCUAUCUCAGUUACAAAGAAAAUGGGGACCAGAAAGUCCAUCUGCCUUUUCCUCCACGCUGAAAGGGUGAAAAGUAUGUUAUUGUUCUGUGUGCUAUAAACUGCUAAAAAUCUAAGAUGUUUGGAUGGGGUGUCCUCGUGUUUUCAAGUGAUAGAAAUCAGCAUAUCCAGGACAGAGUUUAAUUCAACUUAUAGAAAUCAGGAAAUUUAGCUUUCAAUCAUUAUAUCGUAAACUGUAAACAUGUUUGAAAUGAAUUAAUAAAAUGUGAUGAAAAUAA